AUGUCGUCUUUAAAUAAGCUUCAUAAAAAUGGAUUACUGUGGAUAGUCAAUUCAGAAGAAGCGGAGAUUCUUCCAACUAUAACAGUACGAGGAUUUCUGAACUUCAGAACAACUGUUGACAACACCGUCAUUGUAUUCACACCUGCCAAACCUGGCAAAACAGAUAAUUUACCAUCUCCUUCUAGGACUAUUCCUUCAAUACCGUCAACCACGGUACCUGAUAAUGCAGAAAAUUCGGAAAUUCAGGAUCUCGCUUACACCCAAACACAUGGAAUAUUGAAACCAGAUCAAGACCUUGAAAACGUACUGAAGGAUUCUUACAGUCCCAAGCUUCUACAUAACGCUCUUCCCUCAGAGGACUCACAGUCUGUUCAUACUCAGACGUCUACACUUGGGUCUUUUAACAAGUUACCCAUUACCACAACCACGCGAGUGGCCGGUACUGUUGCUCAGCAACUCACUCCUGCUUUACCACAAUAUCCUAUUGGGCUGGUAACUGUAGUCACAGGAAAAAGUGUACAAGAUGGGACUACAAUGGUACACGAGACAAGCGUUAUCGGGACCUACAUCGAUGGAAAAUAUGCCCAAAUUUUACAGAGUACUUCCAGGCUAGGUUCCUUAUGGUCAGACACUUCAAGCCACGUGGAAACAGUCCAAAACAAAAUUAAGCCUUCUGCAACAAAGGUCAUACAGUUUUCAACAAGUAGUUCUAUUUCAGCUGCCAAAAACAAAUCGCCACAGCUUACGAACCAAAGGCAAACUUCUGCAACGGAAUUUGCUAUUCUAGAUCAAAAACAUAAAAUCGUUGAUAAGAAGAAAGACAAUGGUAUUGCUAGCAACACUGUGCUGCAGUCCUCCUUUAAACCUGUAGACUCUGGUCUUCAACUAUCAAGCAAUCCUACUCAGUCGCUGGACAUUGGACUUAAGAGUACCUCCAGUAGGCCACAAUUUAGAUUGCGUCCAACUACGUCCAAGCCUUCAAAUCAAGAAAACACUUUCAUCAAGUUGCAUACUUUGAGAAGGUCGACAGAAAGAUUUCGUUAUAUACCUCGACAAAGAAACACUCAUACGGUCCAACUAAAUCGGUUCAAAGUCAAGCUGACGAGUCGACUUGAUGAGGGGAUGGAAGAAGACAAUCUAAAAACAAAGGAAGAAGAAGAGAUGGAAGAAGAAAAUGAAGAUAAUGCUACUGAUGAUCCUUCAAUGUUCGUAGAUCCAGCACGUGUCAUUUACGAGUUAGCAACUAUUACUAGUGAGGUUACAUUGCACGUGGGUCGUCGGAAGUCCGUACGAACUUUGACUAUUACAACCUCUCUUCAACGUACACUAGAACCUUCUGAGCUGGCGUCCUACGAACUUGAUGCCACAGAAACUGUAGAUAGAAAUAAAGCUUUGGUGUCAACAGAUGGCUCUUCAUACUACGUGUUCUCACGCACCUACUCCACCACAGAGCAUUCCUUACGUACCUCGUUGGUUUCUUCUCUAGAUGGGGAGGAUACGGUUACGCAUACAAUCACGGAGAGUUUCUUCAUUCGGAAACUCAUCACGGCAUAUCGUACGCUACCAGCAAAUGAUCUUUUUCUGCUAAAUCACACCCUGGAAUCAGAUGUUGAACUUCCUUUCAACUCGAGUCUGGAAGAUGAUCUUCAAGAUGAUUUGUUUUCGCCUCAGUCGACUCAGCAACAGCAAAUGCCCCAGACUCGACUUCCCCUCGAAGCAUCCAACCUAGAUUCUUCAAUGUUGUCACUUUCAAAUUCAAGAAAUCUUCCCUUACAGAUCUCUAACCCACUGUUAUCACUGAACCAAAAUCCCCUUGCAGCUGUAUAUUUAGGCUUGCAACAGCUGAAUCGUCAGGUAACUUUGUAUUCCACAAUUACAAAGGCGACGUCUUAUAUAACCACUGACACUGUGUAUAGCACGAAGGUUGUUAGGUACUACGACGGUCGAAUUACACGCUCGAGGACACUAUCUGAGUCACUCUCCACUAAAACGCGUACAGUUACGACGUUGACUACAACUGUUCAGCCGAUUAUCAAUACUCAAGCACUCCAACAACAGCAACAACUGCAGCAGUUGAUCGGCACCCAACUCCAGCCACCCAUACCCCAACAAUAUAGCACAGUGACGUCAUCAUAUACGACUGUCACAACAGCUACUAGUACUAGUACUCGGAUAUACACACUUAUUUACAAUGCUUUUAGCACAAAAUACCGUACUGUAACAAGCACUAGCCCUUACAAAACAACAAUUACUACAUAUAGCACAUCGGAAGUACCAAUUCUCGCCACUUCUCCACCUGGUGGUGCUUUUCAAUUUUAUGGAUAGUUUUUCGAAGAUCAAAAACCUCAGGUGUUUGCACUAACUUUGUAUUCAAGGCUGUAAUUGGUAAUAUGUGUACCGAUCAUGAGAGUAUAUCUUACACUAUGUGAACCAUUUGUCUGCCAUCGUACUUCUACGAAAUGGCACCUUGAUUGUUCUUGAGGGUGAGAAAAGUGCAGAUCAGUGGUUUUUACAUACAAUAUUGCAAGUAUCCAGGUAAAAAUUUUAACUUUCUAAUU